CAGGACUUUUAUUUUGGUGUGGUGUGACGUCAUGAGGCUGCGCUCCUGCAUCUGUUGUGAUUCAGCUGAAGAAAGAUGGUGUUUAUUAAAGAGGAGAGUGAAGAUGUGAAGAUUGAAGAGGAGAGUGAAGACAUGAGGAUUGAAAAUGUGAAGUUUGAAGAAGUAAAACAAGAAGAUACCGAGGAACAAACAGACCUGAUUGAGGAGAGUCAAGAGUUGAAGGAUAUAGAAGAGAAAGAGCAGAAUGAGAAAGAUCAUGAUUUCAAAAUGGGAGAAAAAUCCACACAGGCUAAAAAGUGCUUCUCACGAAAAAGAGUCCAGAAGAUUGAAUGUAAGGAUCUUUUUACCUGCCAUCAGUGUGGAAAGAGUUUCAGUCGAAAAGAAAGCCUUAAAUUUCAUAUAAGAGUUCACACUGGAGAGAAGCCCUACACCUGCCAACAGUGUGGAAAGAGUUUUGCUCGAAAAAGAAUCCUUGCAGUCCACAUGAGAAUUCACACUGGAGAAAAACCUUAUACUUGCUCUCAAUGUGGACAGUGUUUUACACAGAAAAACAACCUUAAUUCCCAUAUGAGAAUUCACAGUGGAGAGAGCUUGUUCACCUGCCAACAGUGUGGAAAGAAUUUUGCCCAAAAACAAAACCUUGAAGUCCACAUGACAAUACACGCUGGAGAGAGACCUUUUAUCUGUAAUCAGUGUGGAAAGAGUUUCAGUCGAAAAGGAAACCUUGAGGUCCACAUGAGGAUUCACACUGGAGAGAAACCUUACACCUGCCAACAGUGUGGAAAGAGUUUCACUGUCAAAGAAACCCUUAAACUUCACAUGAGAAUUCACACUGGAGAGAAGCCUUACACCUGUCAACAGUGUGGAAGGACCUUCGUUCGAAAUGGAAACCUUAAGGUCCACAUGAGGAUUCACACUGGAGAG